AGUGCAGGUGCUUUGCCUCCUGGACUUCGGGUCUGCAUUUUCUCUGGAUGCCCUUCCCUUUCUGUGCUCCUGGCAGACCUUCCUGAAACCCCUUCAGCAUGUCCCUCCACUGCCACCCUUCACUAACCCGGCGUUUCUGUCUGUCCAGUACUCGGACAGCAAGCCUCCCAGAAUCAUCCUCCAGCCUGUUCUGCUUCCCUAGCCCUUCUGACCCAGCCCUGCACACGCCUUGUACUUUGUUUCUGUCUCUGCGGCGAGGCUAAGCUUCUCGGAGUCCAGGAUCCGCCUUUGUUACUCCGUGCUCGGCACCUGGCACAGUUGGGACCUCAGGGAGCCUCAGGGCGUCUCUGCAACCCAGUGGGAUGAAGGCUUGUUCUGCAGGCCUUCCUGGAGGGUGUAGAAAGAAGAGGAGAGUGCCGCCCCCCCGGCAGAUCACCGCCCCCCACCCCCCGCAGGCCUCACUUGCCGCGAGCGGUGAGCUGACUGGGAUGGUACCCCGGGAAGGCCCUGAGUCUGCGCGGUGCCCGUGCCCUUCCCUGGCUAGCCUGCAUGCCAAGGAUAUGCUCCGGAGGAAGCACAAGAGGAGGAGCCGACAGCACCAGCGAUUCAUGGCCCGGAAGGCGCUGCUGCAGGAGCAGGGCCUGCUGAGCAUGUCCCCAGAGCCGCGAUCCUCCCCACUGCCCAUGCCGUCGGUGGCCCUGCAGGGCACUGAAGCCGCCAGCAGCGGGAUGCAGCGUCCAAGGAAUGAAUCGGGAGGUGCCUCGUGGAGCAGAAAGCCCACCCCCAGGGAGUCCGCGGGGCCCUGGCCCAGCAAGUGCGUGGCUAUCGACUGCGAGAUGGUGGGCACGGGACCCCGAGGGCGGGUGAGCGAGCUGGCCCGCUGCUCUGUGGUGAGUUACCAUGGCGACGUCCUCUAUGACAAGUACAUCCGGCCCGAGAUGCCCAUCGUGGAUUACCGCACCCGCUGGAGUGGCGUCACUCGGCAGCACAUGCGUAAGGCCAUCCCCUUCCAGGUGGCCCAGAAAGAGAUCCUCAAGCUCCUGAAGGGCAAGGUGGUGGUGGGGCACGCGCUCCACAAUGACUUCCAUGCCCUCAAGUACGUCCACCCUCGGAGCCAGACCCGGGACACCACUUACGUGCCCAGCCUCCUCCACCAGCCUGGCCUCCACACCCGCACCCGGGUCUCGCUGAAGGACCUGGCCCUGCAGCUGCUACACAAGAAGAUCCAGGUCGGCCAGCACGGGCACUCGUCGGUGGAAGACGCCAUGACGGCCAUGGAGCUCUACCGGCUGGUGGAGGUGCAGUGGGAGCAGCGGGAGGCCGUCAGCCUCCCGCCCCGCCCCGAGGACCAGGAGCCGGACGGCAGCACGGACAUGGAGGAGUACAUGGAGGACCAGUACUGGCCCGAGGACCUGGCCCAGGGCGCCCGCGGGGGGACGGGGGAGGCAGGGGAUAGAAGGGAGUGAGGCGGGAGAGGCCCCCAGGCGGCCUCCGAGCGGAGGAGUGGGGUGUGGGGGGGCCGGCAGAGCCCUGGGCACGGCACCCCGGGCAGGGCAGGAUGCGGCCAGCCAGCUGCUGGCGUCCAGGGAGUUGGGGCCAUCUGUCCUCUUGGCUCCCUCCACCCAGGGCUGUUGUGGGCACUUACCCCCGCCCCAGCCCUGUGGUUUACUAAUGGCACUUUACAGACCCUAUGAAAAUGUCAGGGGGGCAAGCUUGGAGGACGCAGCGGGAGGAGGGCGUGUGCCGUGUGCCGGCAGGCCUCCCCCAGCCCCGUGCUGUGCUGUCCGGGCAGGUGAUGUCUCCUCCCUGUGGUGUUCGCUCAGCCCCGUGACUUGGGGUAAAGCUCUCCGCUCUUACUUUCCUCUGCCUCCUCCACAGGCGUUGUCAGGUUCAGAAUGAACAUGUCCCUGAACCUGUAGAGUUGAGGCUACUCUGCGGGACAUUCCCUUCCUUUCUGUCUGAACUAGAACUCUGGGUGUUGCCAUAGUAGGAACCCAGCUAGGCUGUGACGGACAGCAGAGCGCCCAGGCUCGUGGGGAGGUGGCACCAGGACUCACCAGGCACUGUUCUGAGGGGGGGAGGGCGGAUGAGCUUUGGGUGGAGAGGGUGGUGUAUUAAUUUUGACCCAACUCAGGCACAAGCCUGAGAAACAAGACAGCAGUUUGAGUUCUGGGACCCCUCUGCAAGGCCACCAUGUCCGUGGGGCGAGGGCCAGGCCGGGGCAGCCUUGUCCACACUCGGGCUGGUGUCCCCUCGGGCACUUUGACCCACAGUUGCUGUGGUCAUUGGGUUUUCUCCAACUUUCUGGAUAGGUUCUCUGUCAGGAUCUCAUCUGCCACCCCUCUUUCCUUCUUUCCCAAGGGGCAGUUUGGGAGUAUUGAGGUUAACCAAGAGCUCAGGUCCACACCGACCUUUGAGCCCCAUCUUUGCUUGCCACUUAAAAGCUUUGAGACCUCGAGCAAGGUCUCACUCUUGAGCCCGUUUCCUCCUCUGUAAAAUGGGGAUGAUGCUACAGCCUACCUCAUAGGGUUGUCCUGGGGGUCAAGUGCUGAGUGCUCAGCACUGUGCCUGGCACGCUGUGUUUUCUUCAAGGAUCCGUUUCAGCCUCCUCUGGGUAAUAUCUGAACCAGGCCCUGGGGUUGAGUGACUGUGACAAGGCUGUCCUCACUUGGCUGCUCCAGUGGGGGCAGGCUGACGACACAGCAUGGAGGUGCCCGGUCCUCACUGCGCCCUGCGGCUGGGCGACCUUUGUACACUCAGCGUCUCCCUCUGUGUGCAGGAAAUGACAAGGGUUCUUAUGUCAGUCUGACCCCAGCAGCAGGGCCAGGAACCGAGAGACACUACUGAAACCACACUACUUCCAAGUUGUUUGUGCCCAGCUCCCUCCCCGUCUGCAGGGCAGGGAGCCGCCUGAUGGCCUGGCUCCACACUUUGUUCUGGAGUCCUUCAAAGUGUGUAGUUGGUGCCAAACUCCCAGCCCAGCCCAGCCCAGCCCAGCCCAGCCCAGCCAUAGUUUCGAUUCUUUGGGCUACGGGUUGAAGGAAGAUGGAGCUGCUACCAGUGGGAAAAUGUACUGGGUUUAAAAUCAGCUUUUUUGUAAAACCAUUUGUUCUGGAAUAAAACUCAAUUAGAAAAGUGGGUGAAGGGGCGUUUUCUGAAUUCUCAGGCUGGAGUGGGCUGGCUUGGUGGAGGGAUUGUGGGGUGCUGGGGCACUGAGUCUUGCUGGGUGCUUUGGCCUUGGAGGUGGGAGCUUUCAAGAUGAUGCUCUGGGAUGUGACAAGAACAUUCUAGAGCUACAGAAUUUAUGUCGUUUAUUUUUUAAAAUUUUAUAACUGCCUUAUUGUAGAACACAGAGUUUGUUUCUCCUGAAGCUAUGUACUCACUUUUCAAGAAAAUGUUUAGUUCUAAUUGUGAUAAAAUACACAUAUCAUGCAAGUUA